AUGGAGCCCCUUCACUCGCAAUCCCCGUCAAGCUAUAUGCCAUCAUCACGAAAAAGCCGCAUGGCUAUCGACUCCCUGUUGAACCCCUCAGCAGAGUCCGACCACUCUCCUUCUCAGUUGCACUACGCCCAUCCAGGACCGCAAUAUUCACCUAUCUACCCUCCCAGUCCUAGUCACCACUACUUUUAUCACCCCUACACAGAGAGCCACCACCAUCACCAUCAUCCCUACCGGGAAAGUUCUGGCUCUUCGCAAGAUCAGGCGUUCUUGCCCUAUCGACCGCGGUCGACGGAGUCUUCGCCCGGUGCGUACUCUCGAGACCGGUACGAUUCGGUCUCGAGCAGUUCGAGCAACGCCCCGGAGAGGCGACGACCCCCUCGACCAAAGUAUGAGGAAGAGGAAAUGUACUUCAUCUGGUAUCACCGCGUGGACCUAUGCCAGGAGUGGAAGGAGGUGCGCGAGAGCUUCAACCGACAGUUCCCUAGCCGGCAACGGCGCGGAUUCCAGGGAAUCCAAUGCAAAUUCUACCGAUUCAUCAAGGAGAAGAAGUGCCCAACACUGCGUGAGCAGAGACGCAUGCGCGAUGGCGAGUUCCUACGCGAGGGGUCAGGGCUCGUUGAUUCGGCAGCACCACGAUUCGGCGUCGUAGAAUGGGUGGGAGCAUGGUAUCCGUGGAUGCGAGAGACCAAAGAACAAGUUUUAAGUCGACGCAUAUCGCACUAA